GGGAGAAAGGGCACGUCGAUGAAAUGGUCACAUUGUAGGUAUUCAACUAAACUGUAAAUAGUCUCACAGAUCGUGCCACAUCGGAUAUUUGCCGAUAUUUUAAAACGGAUAUUCACAGAUCAAUCGGUAAAUGUCAACAGUAAACAUUAAACUUUAUUCAAGAUAUGCCAACCACGUAGCGAGCUAUUGUUAACUGAUUGAACUUGAGCCUAGCUAAUAUCGUUAGCUGUCUGGUUAUCUAGCAGCCUAGUAACCUAGCUAGCUGUUCCCUGUGAAAUCCGAGCUGUAGACGUUGAGGGAAUACCUAACUUGUACUAAACUAGUUAGCUGUUUUAUAACCAGAGAUGUAGCACUGAUGAUGGCUGAAGAUCUUUGAGGGGGUAGUUUGCUUGCUAUCUGCAGCGAUUGUGCUUGUGCGCCCGUGCCGCUCCAUCUCCGGUCCGGGUCACCAUGGCGAAGAAGAGGAACCUGGCUGAUCUGGUGGUGGCGUGCGAGUGGGCGUCCUGCACCUUCAAGGGGAGGACCAUGGAGGAGCUCUGUGAGCACAUGUCGCUGCACCUGAAGGAUCACCUGGGUGAUGGAGACGCUAUGGAGGAGCUGGAUGACUACGCGUGCCUGUGGGAGGGCUGCGAGUUCCUGGCCAUGGGCAGCCCCAGCGAGCUGGUGGUGCACGCGCUCUUCCACAUCUUCCACAGCAAGCUGAAGUUCAUCGGAGCGCAGCUGCUGCAGGCCCACCCCGAGCUGCCCAGCUGCACCCAGGACCUGCACAGCAACAACCUGGUGCCCGAGCUGGCCGAGGGCUUCGUGUGCCAGUGGGAACACUGCGACAGUACGUUUAACAACGCGGAGUGGUUUUACCGCCACGUGGACAUGCACGCUCACUGCACCAAGAUGCAGCCUCUGCCCGACCAGCAGCAGGCGCUCUUCUGCAGCUGGAAAGGCUGCGACGCCUUCUUCAAGAUCAAGUACCGUCUGCGAGAGCACCUGCGCAGCCACACGCAGGAGCGUCUGGUGGCCUGCCCCACCUGCGGCUGCAUGUUCUCCAGCAACACCAAGUUCUUCGACCACAUCCACAGACAGGCUGAGCCCGAGGAAUCUUUUGUGUGUGAGCACUGUGAUAAGCGCUUUGCCAAUGAGAGGCUCCUGAGAGACCACGUUCGUCAGCACGUGAACCAUAUCAAGUGUCCGUUGUGUGACAUGACCUGCACUUCGCUCGCCUCCCUGAAGACCCACAUCAAGUUCAGGCACUGCGAUGAGCGUCCUUUCCCCUGUGACUUCUGUGAAAGCAGUUUCAAGAACCAGCAUGACCUGCGGAAGCACAUGGAGACCCACAACGAGGGCACGGCCUUCCACUGCAGCGUGGAGGGCUGCCAGUACUCCUCCCGAAUGGCCCACACCAUGAACCAGCACUACAAGAGAGUGCACGAGGGUGACAUGGUCUCUAAAUAUAAGUGCCACCUCUGUGAUAAAACAUUCUCCUGGUGUUACACUCUCACCCUUCACCUGCGGAAGAAGCAUUACCUCAAAUGGCCCUCUGGCCACUCCCGAUUCAGAUACAAAGAGGAUGAGGAUGGGUACCUGCGGCUGAAUAUGGUCCGCUACGAGACCGUGGAGGUGACCGAGGAGAUCAUGAAGAACAUGGCCAAGAAGCGAACCCCUCGAAAGGCCUCGGGCUCCGGCGGCCAGGCCAAGCGGCCAGCUCUGCCGGUGGGCGGCGCCCACAGCAUCUCACCCUGCUCUUCCUCCCCCUCCUCCUCCUCCUCCUCAUCCUCCUGCUCAGGCCCCUCAUCCUCCGAGCUCGCCGGCCAGCCCUCCUCCGUGUCCCCAGACCCCAAGGACGGCGGGCAGGCGGUGUACUGUGCCAUGAGCACAGUGACAGAGCUGUGCGGGGAUCCAGGCCUCAGCCAGGACAGCUCCCAUGCAGGAGGCCCCUCAGGGGCAGUCAAGGCCCUCACCGAGGUGGCCAGAGGCCUGGGGAUGGAUGUGGUGUAACCGGCCAAGCCCAGCGCUCACCUGGCAGCGCACACCGCCAGCCUACAACACUCUCACAAUGCUGCCGCCACCUGGUGUCACACCUGGUGGCACGGCGUCACUACAACAUUAAGGUAGCUGAGAAUGCCAUGCGUUACCUGGGAAACACUGAAUUCCACAGACUCGGGGAGUACAGCUCCUGCAGAGCUUUACUUCCUGCGGUUUAAUUAACGAUCAAAGGUCGCGUCCUGGGAGGGCUUUUUAAAUGUGUGUCGCAGAUUAUGUAAGUAUGGUAUUAGAGCUUUUGAGGAUUCAUACAGCCAAUUUUAUUUUGAUAACUGUAUUUUAGUAUUUAUUGUGAGGCUUCUGUAACUGUCCCUUUAAGGGUGUCUACCAGUGGCAUUGGUUUUUACUGUGGCUGUGUAUAGUUCAUGUUUUGCAUUUGGCUGAAAUGGCAGUAUUAGAAUAAUCUCAGGUUUUUAUCUCAUAGAUUUUAGACUCUAUUGCCACAUUUCAGACAUUGGGUGCCAUGCAGUGGUUCCGCUUUUCUCAGACCCUUCCUUUUAUGGUUGAAACGUUGAAACUCGUGUAUUCAAUUUUACUGAAAGAGAGGUAGAAUUUUUUUGUAUAUUUUUUUUGGCUCUGAUUCCCCCCCAUUUUACAACCUGUUUUUGACAUAAAGAUGUUUGAAUGUAAUCUUACAGUUUUGUUUUGUUAUAUGAAAUAUUCAUUCAGGAAUGGUGAAUGGCAGUUGAACACAUGCACAUCAGGGAAGACGGUUAACGCCUAUUCGAUAGUACAAAAGUAGAUCACAGUCCUGAAAUCAUCACUGGAUGUUAUUAAACAUGUACAUUUUUUAUUGUAUCUUUAAAAA